CGGGUUUGCCAAGGGUGUGUUUUCUUACGGGCGAAUUUCGUUGAUUUUUGGGUUUCACGAGUCCCAGGAAUUCGAGUUGUUAUUAUUGAUGAUUGAUUUUUGGAGUGAUGUCGGUGAAAAAGUUUGGGAAAAAAGUUAAGCCGGCGUCCGAAGAAUGAUUGAAAAAAAGGGGAAAAGGAGUUCUUCUACCUGACUGCCAAAACCUGUCUAGCUUCGGAGGACAACAAAGGGAAUGAAAGAAGGAAAAAGCAAUGAUCGUCUUUGGGUAAUUUGGUUUGAUGAUCGACAAACUUGGACGGAGGUCUCUUGUGUGGAUGGAAUCGGAGUUACGUGUUGUAUUUUUUCCGUCUUUUCCUCUGAAGAAGACCGAAAGAUUGAUGGAAGUCUAAUGCAAUUGGCUUUGAUUGUUGUGUGAGAAUCAAUCGGGUGGUUUGUGUUACGCAGAGCAACAAAAACAAAAUUUUAAAGGGAAAGAAGGGAAGACGCAACUCGAGAAAUUUGAAAGAAGAACCUUCUGAUGAAGUGUCUUUGAACCUGAAAUAAAAAGGAAAAAACGAAGAAAUAGAUUACUAUGAGCUUAUCAUAGUACCAUCAUCUAUGGUCAUCAUCUCGUUCUUUUUUUGGGUGGUUUCAAUUCUUCUGCAGAGGAAUAUCAAGAUUUGUUCGGAGAUGAACGAGCAGAAGCUGAGGUUGGACGUUAAAUUUUCAUCGUCUGGACCACCAGUCUCAGUUUAGAACUCUCGUUUGACGCCGGGAAUUCUUUCAGGGUUUAUCUUCGAUCAACCGACAAAUUGGGAAUCAGUUCAGUUCAAUGAUUGUCUCCCCAGAUGGUUUAUCAAAAUGGGGACAGUGCUCCCUAAACGAUUAUUCUUCUGUUUCGAUAAAAGUGCAGUGACGCAAGAAGUGAAGUGAAUUACCUCAUUGUACCAUAAGAAGCCAGCCAGAAUAGUGAAGUGAAAGUUAUCUCUCGAGAGCUGGAUGCCUUUCAUUUUUUCUCGAAACUACUCCCAGAAGAACCCGAUUUGGGGAAAACAAAAGUGCGAUAAUUUUUCAAGGAUAUCCUUUGGAAGGAAGGCAGCAAUUCAGCAGAAUUUUUGAACUGCUGACUAAAAGAAGGAAGAAAAUUCAUCCCUUCAGAAGUUUCAUCUUUUGGACCACAAGCAAGUACCCUGUUACGUCAACGAAGUAUCGCCCUAGGGAACUCUUCAUAAUGAAGCAUGUUUGGCGGAUAUUUCUCCUGCUGAUGAUAUUGAACGAUUUAAGUUUAAUUAGUUCGGAGCCACAGUAUCAGCAGCAGUUUCAACCACAACAACAGCCUCAGAAUGGAAACUACCAGAACAACUACAAUCCGAACUAUAAUUACAACAGCGCUCCCGCAACGGAAGGAGGACAGCAACAGCCAAUUCAGCAAGUACAGCAGCAACAGAGGCCGUAUCAGUAUCCGAGGCCUCAAACGACACCAGCGCCAAGCAUUUGGAAUCGAUUGACAAGUUGGUUGAACAUUUUUGGAGACGAUAGCAGCAGUAAUAGACCGCAGCAGUCGUAUCAACAACAACAACAACAAUCGUACCAACCACAGCCAGUGCCACCCCCAGCUCCUCCAAGACCACAACCAGUGCAGCCAAGUUAUCCACCAACCCAACCUCAGCAACAGCAGCAGCUUCAACAGCUACAGCAACAGGUUCAGCUGCUGCAACAAAUACAGCUUCAACAGCAGCUUCGGCCUCAACAACCUGCAAUUCCACCUCCUGUUCAACAACCACAGCUACUACAAAACGAACAGUACAGAAAUGGUAGCAGAGCUGGGCUGGUGAGUACCAUUUAUGGGCCUCCAGGGUUCAACAGCCCCCAGUCGAGUGGCGGAUUUGUUCCAAUCAACUACCAGAGUGGUCAAGGAAGUGGUGGAACGAGCUUUUCUGUGAGUCAAUCUUUCCAAGUGAAUCCAGUGGGGGGACAUGUAGCAAAUGCCCCAAUACAGCAACAAAGUGGUCCCUAUCCACCUUCGACGCUACAGAAGCAAAUCAUAGGUUCCCAACAGGACCCACGGAUAUUGAAACCUUCCCAGCCCGUAGUUCAACCGAGUUUGAUACGAGAUACGGAGUUUACAACGGCAUCACCUGGAGGUCCGGUACCAGUUCCUGGAGUAGAUGUGUUCAAAGACUUCGAUUAUCAUCCUUGCAAUAAUGUGCCAUGGGUUCCUGUGGGACCUCCUCCAGGAGUUUUUCCUGGUAGUCAAUCUCCAGCUAACGGAUAUGCUCCAAACACAAUACCUCCACCGACUCAGAAACCAAUAAAACUUGAGUUGAAGCCUAAGGGCCAAGUUCAGAACGUUGCACCGUAUCCGGCAGCAAGUGCCAAUCGUGAACCAGCAAUUAUCACAGCUGCACCAGGUGGUUCCAACGUCUUGCAACAACAACUGCAGCAGCAUCAACAGCAGCUUCAGACCCUGCAGCUGCAACAGCUACAGCUUCAACAGCAGCAACUCCAACAGCAGCUUGCACAACUCAAGGUCAGUACCACACCAGACCCACACCCUCAACCUUCUCAACCAGCACCCCAAGUCCAAUCAGCAGCUCCAACUCAAGCUCACUACGUGACCCGAAAUCCAGACCAACCUGUAACUGCAUUCCCACCGAUAACUUUUCGACAAGUUUCAGCAUCUUACUUCACCAACAAAGACUACCAUCCACCAGCCAAGAUCCUCCCGAUACAAAACGAGCAUUCACCUCAGACUUCGAUAACCCUCCCUAACCUGAGUGCGACGCCCGUUCCACCGCUCUAUACGGCGACCUCCUUCCACACCGACCCGUACAAAUUCUAUCGACCGCACAAGGCCCGGGACAACGUCGUGGAGCUGGGUCACGGGUAUCCCCAAUCCUCCAAAUCGAUGUCCGACAGCUACAUCCGAUACAAUGACAACAACAAUCCCUCCAAUGAUCCCUCCGAUAACAAUAAUAAUAUCAACCACUCCAUCUUCGACGUCGAACAGGUAGCGUCUUCAUCGUCCACCCACUACACGACGGUCCGGUACACCAGCGAGGACUCGAAGCCGGCGGCAUCCGAGAUCCGAAACGUUACGCGAACCCGCUCGAAUCAGCUUGUGGAGGAGGAUGAGGACGAUUACGUUGAAUCUUCGGAGGAAGACGACGAUCGUAUCACUGGAGUCACGGUAACAUUUCCGGUGGAGGUAACCAGUGUUGUUCCGAAGACUCGCUACUAUUCAUCUAGGACUUCUACCACUGAAAGGCCGACGACGCCACCUCCUCCAACAGAUUCUGGAGAGCUUGGUAACGGAGUUCAAAUCAUCUACUCAGCCAAUCUUCAAACGACAGCUCCGCUGAGCAAUUCAGGUAGGGAGAAUUUUGAACGACAUUACAGUCAAAUAGAGGAACAACGCCCUGUGGGUGGUCAUUUUAAUAACCUUCUCAGCGACGAGGAGGAAGAUAAUGAUUCUGAAGAGAGCAUGCCAGUGGCAGUGUCUACACCAGCUUCUUCCACAAAAGGGAUUCCGAUUUAUACUACCUUCCAAGAUGAAGGUUUCCGUCCAACAACAUUGAAGAAGUUUUCUACCGAAGAACCGCCAGCUGAAAUCACUACUCCUAUUCCGUAUACGAUAACAACUAUGCCAGCAACCAGGUCAACGUAUCCUUCAACUAUCACGGCCGCUAUUGGUGGCUAUCGGAACAUAACUUCCACCAAGAAACCUAAACAAAUACAAAUUAUCAUACCAUACAAUACGUACAAGAAACCGGAACCCUUCAAACCGAAGGACGACGAUGAUUUUGAACGCACCCCUGAGGAAUCGAAUAUCGUAACUCUUACAUCGGAAACUACCACAACACCUCAGCCUCCGAUACCGCACUUUGUGACUCGUGAAUCUAUGAAGUACUUCCAUUCGACAACCAACCUCAGAGACAUCCUACGGAAGGAAACUACUAGACCCUUCUCCCGACCACCAACUACAGUCCCAGAAAAACCAACCAAGACCAAAAAGGUUGAACCGGUUAAAGUCUCAAAGGAAUCGAAGCCAUUCACCCUCAGGAUUCCCAAGAUGACACCACUUCCACCUGUUUUCAAUCUGACCGGUCUCAGUGCCGAUCACCGGAUUGAACAAACCACAACUACACCACCUCGCACUGUUCGUCCGACUAUUGUCAUGGCUCACCCAUCUAAAUUCACUCCCCAAUACGUCAACAUUACUCGUCCUCGUGUUACCCCUACCAAUCAAAUGUUUUCCCCCAGAACGACUCUAGCCCAACUCCUUCGAACCACCAAAAUAAUUACCAAACCCCCGAAAGCUUUUGAACAGCCCGAGUACAUCACUCGACCUCGUCCUCCAAUAAUCUACCGUCGAACGACAUUCCCUCCUUCCACAACAACUUCAACCACAACAUCAACGCCGCCUCCAACAACUACAACAACUCCAAGAACCUUACCCCCUCCAACUACCACAACCCCUAGACCCACAACACCCACUACGGAAAGCUUCGAAACCACCUCGAUCCCCAUCUACGAGCGCAACGAGUGGGACAUCGACCCACUCCUCCUUCAACGUCGCAUUGACACCUGGACCGAGCAGCAAUACUCCAGCGCCGACUACAUGCUCAAAACGAGCUCGAUCCCCCUACAUCGAGUCACAAAAGCUAUCCCCCUCGAAUUCCUGACCACCACUAUGCUCCCCUCCCUCCGAACCCGCUACAAGGGCCGGGACAGCUGGCACCAAGUCAAAAUCGCCAUCUCACCGCACACCAAAGAAAAGGUCUACGUCGUAACGCCGCAACCCUGGACCGCCAUCGUCAACCAGCAGCGGCUAUCCUCUUCGCUUCCGACGCGAUUCUCCAUCCGACCAACCCCGCAGCUCCGGUUCGGCGGAACGGCAUCCCAUCCGACCGGAAUAACCCCCGAGGUGGUGCGCAGUGUUUCACCGGAAUCAGUGAACGAUCUGGUGGAACACAAGUCCAAAUUCCGCGUGGGUCCAACCCUAAGUACAGGUAAACUGAAGCAGCGGAAGUACGUGAGGAAAAAGCCAUUUCCGGCAGGAGGAGCCCUCAGCCGGAGUCGGAGAUCCAGCGAGGUGUGACACUUUUCCGGUUCCGAGGAGCUGAUGAAUCGGAAGCACUAGACAUUUCUUAAUAGUUAUUAAGACAGAUCAGGGUUCAAGGAUAUGUAAUUGAAUGUGCAACUACUUCGUAAAGGGUGAACAAUAGUUUGAUCGGAAUCGCGGGUUACGAAUGGGAAUUUAAGCAUAUAUAUGUAAUUGUCUCUUUUCUGCAGAGAUUGUAUGGCCGGUGAGUUUAUUUAGGAGAUAUUAUGUCAAAACGUGCAACAUGUAGGUAGUACGUUAAGGUUUUAUAUAGAGCACAAUAGGUAACGUAUUUAUUUAAAAAAAAAAUAAGGAACACAAUUGAAGAGAUGGUAUUGGUGAUGGAUUGGAAAAACGUAACACAACUUCAAUAAUCUUCACAAAACAUAGUUUGAAAUUGGCACAAACCAUACUUUUGGGAAUAAAAAAAAAUAAAAAAAAAUGCUGAAGCUGUAUAUGUACUUUAAAUUCUGGGUAAUAAAGACGAGGUUUAAUGAAUCCAGUCAAUCACCAAAGCCGAAAGCUUCGCAACUUAUAAAGACUUUUCUAAUAGGCUAAACCAAUUGGUCUUUUAGUAGAUUAAUUAGUUCGUAUAGCUGUAGUAGGUAGACAAGAACACUGUAAACAUAUGCUCACAAGCAAACGUAUUACUCAGAGUGGAUUCAGAAGUGCUAUCUGAGGGCAAAAGAUCCUGUUGAACUUGCCAAUAACUCGUAGACGGUAAACUAAGAAGACCAGAGAACAUAAUACCUUAACCAAAACUGUAAGGUUGUUAGCCUUAAUUAAGAGUAAUUCCAUACUGCAGCACCGAUUCUUGGUGCCCAGAAGUCGUUUCUUUUCCCCUAAACCUAAUCGAAUCAUCCACCGGUUGGAGUUUGUAUCUGGUUACAAUCAAAAAAAUCGAGAGGGAGAAAAAGAGCCAAAGGACCAAAGGUUUUCCCUUUAUCGAUGAAUCGAAAGAUUUUCCCAAGAUAACCAUCCAAUUACUACUUUUUCAUUAGACCAAUGAACGCAACUAAUGAAGAGUAUUUCUUUCCUUGUUGGCUAUUGUCGGAUUUCGAGGGUGAGAAAGUGAAUGUUUAGUCUAACUAAGUAUCAAUUUAGUCUAAUGAAGUUACGUUAGUCUGAAAGAUAAAACUACUCCUCCUCUCGAUUCGAUAAUACAAUCACCGGGCUUCGUUUGAAGUUCAAACAAAAAACUAAUGAUUGUAGCAGAUAGAAAUUACUCCAUUACAUAAUUGUUCGAUGGGAGAAAAACAAACAAACUAAAAAAAACAGACCACAAACUCAUGAAAUUCAAAUAGGAAAAUUGCGUGAAUCCGAACCGAUUGUCUUCGGUAGUAAGUUUAUAAGUUGGGAAUGGGCAACCUUCGUUCGUCUUUUUUCUUUCUCAUUUCUCGCGAAUGCGCUUGUAAACAAAAACUAUGUAAGGCAUGAUUAAGACUAUACCACAGACACUCUAUCAGUUACCCUAACAAACUAACCAAGAUGGUAGAAGAAUAUAGGCAGAAACAAAUUAAAAGAAAAAAAAGCUAACUAGCAAAGAAAAACAAAACCACUCAUCAGCUAGUAGUAGUGGAAAAGUCAAAUGUAAACAAACCUUGUGCUGUAGUAUUUAUACUUAUUUAGUAACAGGGAAAAAGAUGCAGCCAGUAGCAACCAGCAGAAGCAGAAAUCGUCUUCGUCGAUAUGCAAUUUCUCACUGCUGGGAAAAGUGGAAUUAACCGAAGGGAGAGAAAGAGCCACAAAAAAACGAGGCGAAAUAUAAUUCAUAAUUAAAAACUAA